AUGUCUCCCGCGACCGUCGACAGCUUGCCGUACGAGAUACUCAGCUCGGUACUGUCAUAUAUACCCGUCGUUGAGUACAACAACAUCAAGCUCGCGGGAAGCCGCCAUCUCACCUGCAUCAUCCGUGAGUGGACUUCUCGCAUCCCGCGCCAGAAGUACAUAGACUUGCUUCAGCAGCAGGACGAGGCCAGUUGUCGUUUAUCUAGCGGCAAGGCUCGAACUGCACUUGAGAUCACGAUCGAGCAAGGAAAUGAAUCCAUCGUCAGGCAGUACAUACAUCGAUAUGGAGGUGCCAAAACCCGGCCCGUGAACCGUGAGAACCGGAGGUUCAUUUCUGCAUUUCACAUAGCGGCUCUUCACGGUGCUACAGACAUUCUCCGGCUGUUGAUGGAUAGGAUCAAUCUCAGAUGUCGCAAGACAGGGGGCACCCCGCUCCAUAUGGCUGUGAAGGGAAAGUCUCUCGCGGCUAUCAAGCUACUGGUAGAGAAUGGUGCUGAUGUCAAUGCUGUCGACUUUAACGAAUACACUCCUCUCGGACUAGCGAAGCGGUUGGACUGUAGUGAGGAUGUUCUGCAGUAUCUAAAGGAGCAAGGAGGCUGUGCGAGUGCCGACGAGGUACUGAAGGAGCAUCCCUCUCGGAAAUUCGCAGAUUUAGUAUGGAAAUCCACGGAUGAGGCAGCAUCAAUUGCAGAUUUGGGCCUUGGUGAUGUUGAACCAUCCCGAUCAUACUACCAGAGUGGGGUUAUGCGCUUGUUUGGUAGAUAUAUGGUCCGAAAGAAAAGCCAGGGCUCAAAGCCAAGCGAACAAUUCCUACGGGAUCUUAUUGGCACUGCCGUAACAGAUGGAGUCAAUGGAAUUGUCGAAGCCUUGAUAGACGAUGGAUUUCAAGCCGAUUCCUGGUCCGAUACGGGAGGCAACAACUUGUUGCACAAGGCUAUUGCAAGUUAUAAUACUCCUAUUGUUGGAUUGCUUGUGAAGUCCGGAGUAAACUACAACCACAAAGCCAAAGAUGGAUCUACCCCCUUUCACCAAGCCGCAUCUUCCGGCUAUGUAACCGUGCUCGAGGAAAUGAUCAGUGCUGGAGUCCCGGUGAAUCUGGUGAACGAUCAGGGCUGGACAGCCAUUCAUUGUCCACAAUAUUACUAUAAUUAUGAAGGUCACGUCGGUACCUUGGUCAAAAAGUAUGGUGCCGAUAUUGAAUUCAAGGACAAGGAUGGUCGAACACCUCUCCACGUCUCCGCUACCUGCGCGAGGGAUGAAAUCUUUGAGGAUCUCCUGGAUAAUGGCGCAGACAUCAAUGCCCGGGAUAACGAUCAAGAGACCCCUCUAAUGAUCGCAUGCAAGGGAACCCACGCCCCAUUCAUCGACUUGUUGAUGCAGCGCGGCGCAGAUAUCACGCUUCUCAAUGCCAACGGCCGGAAUGCCAUGGAGGUGUCAAACUCGUUGUUUGGGCUGAAGAUGAUGCUGCUGUACGCCGUUGAUCCCCAGCUCAAAGCAAAGAUAGCAACCAUGGAACUCAUCCGUCAAACCAAGGUAGACGAUCCCGAUGAUGAGAUUCCUGAUGUCGGUGGUGAUGAUGAAUUUCUCUUUGAAUGA